CUUAUUUAAGAGAAGGAGGCUCGCUUUCAUUUUCUCACGCUGAACAGCAGCAGCACGAGAGAGCGGCCGUUUCUCCAGGAUUUUCAAGAUGGCAGCUAUUAAGAUGUGGUAAAUCGUAAGUUGGUGUCUCAAUGCUGAUGAGCGGUCAGUGAACCCUACAGCAUCUCUUCCUUCUAUCAAUGAAAAAAAGAUGGAUCAAGGAACAAAAUGUCAAGAACCCAACAAAGAUGAAGAAUUCAUCAGGCAUUUGAGCUGUGAUAAAGCAAAGGAAGGUUGUCAAGCUUUCUCCAGGAAACACUGGCGUAAUGGGAUAGCAUUAGGUGCUAUGAUUAUCCUGAUUGUUGUGAUUGGUUUGGCAACUGCUCUGGGCGUCACAGGUUCAGAACCAUGUUCAGUUGUCACUUAUGCCUCAUGCCCCAAUGGAUGGAUUGGAUACCUGGGGAUAUGCUACUACUUCUCUGAAGAUGAAGCAGACUGGCUUUCAAGCCUCAGAAACUGCUCCUCGCUAGGGGCCUCCCUGUCAACCAUCGAAACACACUGGGAAAUGGAUUUCCUGCUGCGUUAUAAGGGUCCCAUUUAUCACUGGAUCGGCCUUAGGAAAGAUCAAGGGAAGCCUUGGGAAUGGACAGACGGGAGAGUCUUCAACAACACGCUGUUUGACAUUAUUGAGGGGGGAUACUGCGCCUACCUGAAUGAUGUGGCAGUCAUGUCCUCGUGGUGCAAGACCAAGAAGAACUGGAUCUGCAGCAAGCCGGAUGCUAAUGUGCAGGAAAGGAAGCAGGUGGAAAAGAGAGAUGUAAAGCAGGGCUGCGUGAAGGAUGGUUUCAAGUAAUGAAUGAGGAGGAAAAAAUGCAUACAUCACAUUCAACAAUAUACUUACUAUAAUAUGUUAUCUCUGUCACAUGUGUCUGAAACUGGAGAACAUAAGGGACGAUGGCCAGGGAUGCAAUCCGAAGCACUUCUGUAGGCAGCCACCAGAGGGUGCCCUGUUUCAGUAAACAUCUGGAGAGGAUUUACAAAGAAAGUUUUGAGAGAAUUCGGUUGGAAGUCUGGACAGUAUCUAGAAAUAUAAGAACCAUUUUGAUUGGGCAGCAAAAAAACCCAACACAAGUUAAAGGGAUGUAAGAAAUGAAUGAGCAGAAUACUUAGUCGUGGCUGAAGUACGUUCAGAGAUGUGGGCUAUCAUUUAAUAGCCGAUAAAUUUCAAGAUGGGUAGCAGUGUUUGUCUAUAGUAGUAGGAAAGAGCAAGAGUCCAGUAGCGCCUGAAAGACUAACAGGAUCUGUGGCAGGGGUAGGAGCUUUUGAGAGUCACUGGUCAGUUCCUCAGACAGCCAAUAAAUAGUUAUGUGCUUGGGGUAUUUUUAUUCAUUGAUGCUGAUCCAUUUCUCUGCCAGUUAAAAAAUAGUAACAACAAGCAAGGACCUGUGAGAAAUUCAAGGGGAAAUCCUCCCCACCCACGCACUUCAAGUCUCUCUCUGCACUCUCUUCCAUACUACCUACUCUGUUGCCGCUGCUGCUGCCUCCAAGAGGAAAGGAAGAAUCCUGCUGGGGGAGAAUAGGUGCUGAGUAUGGACAGCACUUGAACUGGGAUGGAGCCCUCAGUCACCAGGCUGCCAACCCAGUCCAGACACUGCCGACACUCGGCACUCAACAUCUGCUUUCUCCAGCAGGUUUCCUUCCCUCCUGGAGGCUGCAGCUACUGACAUAAGCUAGUAUUUUGUGUACCAUUGUGCUGCUUCUACAUUUUUUUAUAUAUAAAUCUUUAUUUUAAUUUUCAAUAAACCGAAUAAAGCAGUAACAACCAACUGUAAUAGAAAAAACAAUAAUCAUGUGAGAGAAAAGUAAAAUACAUAUUAAAAACAAGAAUUUCAAGACCCAUGUUCAUUUGCAUAG